AUUCCAGAGUCCAGUGCCCAUAGGAAGCACCUCCGACUGCACACCUCCAUCCAUCCAUCCUCUGUGAUCUUUCCCUGAUAUCCUCCCCGAUGCAGAAGAUGGGCAAGAACUGCGAGCGCUGCGCGGAGUGGCAAGAGCAUUGCUACUGGAGCCACAUGGCUGAUGAGAAGAAGCACUUCUUCAAGCUCAUGGUUGGGGACUUCACCGAAAGCAUGAGCUUACCUGGUAGGUUUGCAAAGAACUUCAACGGGCACAUCUCUGAGGUAAUCAAUCUGAAGCCCCCUACUGGCAAAUCUUGGAGCAUCAAAGUAGCCGGCGACACCGACGAAGUGGUCCUCCGGUCUGGGUGGAAGGAGUUUGUCGACGGUCACGGUAUCGGGGAAGGAGACCGCCUUCUAUUCAAAUACAGUGGAGCGUCCUCCUUUGAUGUCUUGAUGUUCGACUCGACCGGCUGCCAGAAACCACCACCUCCUCGUCCCGUCAAACGUCGCGGCUGUGAUGACGACAUAACAGAGAACUCUGCCAGAGCUAAAGGACGGCGAUGCGGCUACCAGGCUUCCAAUAAAACUGAAGAACGCGCUCCGCAUCCGCCACCGGCGGCGAAGGGCGAUGGUGCUGGCCUGGAGCUGACGCUUUACAGAGGCACCGGCAAGAGCAUUGCCCGAGCAGGUCUUGAGAUGGACCAUGGUGAGGCGGCUGCCAAGAAUAGGUACUACUUCUGCAAGAAUGGGCCCGUCAGCGAGUUCCAUCUGACAGAGGAAGACAAGGAGGAGAUAUCAAGCAUCCCUGUCCCGGUCGAGCCAAGGAACCCGGUGUUCGUGAAUGUGAUGCACGUGAGCCAUGUCCGCGGCACCACCCGGACCAGCAUUGUGGAACUUGAGAGCAGAAUGCUAAGCUUUGUUCGGAUCGCGCUAUGUUGCUUCCUUCUGCAGGGCGUGUCCUCGGAAUUUGCAGGUAAGUACCUGGGAGCGAUCGGCAGAGAGAUCGUUCUGCGGAGAGCCGGCAGGAAAGGGGGGUGGCACGUCCGCUACAUAAGCGGAGACAACUGCCGGGGCUUCUGCGGACGCGGGUGGCGCGACUUCGCCCGCCACAAUGGCCUCCUUGCACAUGACAUCUGCAUUUUUGAGUUCAUGGAGGAUGCACGGCGACCGGCGGCCAACGUUCACGUACUGCGGAGGCUGCACGGCCGCUUCGUCCUGGUGCGCUGAACCUGAUCUCUGCCUGUGUGAACUUAUGUGCUCGCCUGUACCCGUAGAACUGGCAGCUGUGUCACUGGAAUAAUAAUAGAGGUUGGUGGUACGAGCUUAUCCCAGUAAUCGUGAUGUAUUUCAUACCUCCUACGGUGUAUGUCCCAAGUUCAGUUUUAUCUAUGUAAAACGUUAUCCAGGUGCACGGAAGAAGCUUGCUAUUGAACCUA